GAGGGAAUUGAAUAAAAAAGAGGGAAAUUGAGUGUUGUGUAAGUGUUCUUAAAGUGGAAGAAACAGAAACAAGAGGCGAUCCGCAACUUACGACGUUGUUAAGUUGAACAGGGCUCUCUCUCUCUCUCAACUUCCCUUUCACACCAUCUUUCAGGUAGUAUCUGAUUGCUCACUUGAUGAAGUAUUCUUGAUCAACUAAUCUUCUUAGUAGUUGUUACUGAAUUCAGAUGAAGACUGGCUCCAUGAUUUUUUCCUUUUUGCAAGUACCUAGAUGCAGAAUACACAGCUUAGCUAAUAAUUGGGGUGAAACCUUCCGCAACUUCAAUAACACUUGUGAAAAAAAUUUCAGCAUCAGGCCACUUGGUUCUAGAAUUUAUGGACUUCAGGGAGGGCACAGAAAAAAGUGGACUCGAAGACCUAUAACUACAGAUACAGAAGAAGGCGGGGGCACCAAAUCAAGAAGUACCAAGCCUGAAAUUUUGAGCGAAACAAUUUCAAUAAGUUCCACAAUAAAUGUAAAUAAAACACAACUAGGUCAACUACAGGAAGUUCAGCACUGUAACAUACAAGAGAUAGCUCAGAAUAAAGACUUGUCUAGCUUAGUCACUGUUAUUGUUUUUGACAUUGAGACCACCGGGUUUAGCCGAGAGAAUGACAGGACCAUCGAGAUUGCACUUCGAGAUCUUCAGGGUGGUCCAAACAGCACUUUCCAAACUUUGGUAAAUCCUCAACGCGAUGUAACUAAUUCAGCUAUUCAUGGCAUUACAACUCAGAUGGUGAACAAACCUGGUAUUCCAAGGAUGGAGGACCUGGUUCCCAUCUUAUUCCACUAUGUUCAAAGCCGCGAGAAACCUGGGGGAUAUGUGUUAUGGGUUGCUCAUAAUGCUCGUGUUUUUGAUGUACCCUUCAUCAUUAACGAGUUACGUCGAUGUUCUAGGCAGAUUCCUCCUAAUUGGCUGUUUGUGGACACUCUUCCUUUAGCACGCGAACUAAUGAAGUCUGGAGGAACAAAACUUUCUGCGACAUCCCUUGUUGCCCUCCGCGAGUUCUACAAAAUUGAAGUGGAGGGCACAGCUCACAGAGCCAUGGUAGAUGUGAACACAUUAUCCUUGAUUCUUCCCAGGUUGACAUGUGAUCUGAAAUUGACCCUAUCCGGGCUUGUUGAAAAAUCAUUCAGAGAAGUAGAUAUUAUCAACUCCAAGAAGAAGAAGAAGAAUUCAGACUAGUUUUUUCUUUUAUGGUAUUUGGCAUUGAUAUAUGACAAAAAAAUUGUUUGCAACAAAGAAUUGAAUAUUUGAAGGAGAAAAGAAACAAAGAAUUGAAAAUUUGUUGUUGUUGCUAUUAGUAGAGUAGUUUGAUAGAGAAGAGAGUUUCUUGAAUGGAAAAAAAAAAAUAAUGCUCUCGUUGAGAGUUGAACUCAAGACCUCCCGCUUACUAAACGGGUGCUCUAACCAACUGAGCUACAAGAGCUCAUUGGUAUUAAUUUCGGUUUGCAUACAUUUAUACAGAGUUAAAUCAAUAUUUAUGUUUUUUAGAA